GCUGUUGUAAUAGUUCAAUACCGGCUGGCGAGUGGAACGCAUUCAUAUCAACACAACUGGGAGAACGACCAACAACUAUUCAAACAACCUACCAACCAACCAACCCAGAUUGAAAAGCUAACCAGUUUUCAACCGGGUUAUAAAGUGAAACGUAGCACGCGGGAGUGGGCCAACGUAACGUAAUACAAGAAUAGAACGCGCGAACACACCCACUUAUCUAUUUGCGGUUAGAAUAAAAAAUUUAAAAAAAAGAAAAUAUUCCUUUCAAAACUAUCUCAACAUGAAUCGCCCGGCCCAGUAUCACCAACAUAACGAAGUCCAAAGGUACAUUGCCGACAAGGUAUGGAGCAAAUAUUCCAAAUGGCUGCAGUGGCGCCACGAUGGCCAAGACACCCUGCUGGAUGUGGGCACAGGGACCGGUAAUGUCCUAAUGGAAAUCGUUAAACCCCGCAUCGCCAAAACAUAUCGGAAAAUUGUCGGCACCGAUGUUGCUCCCGAAGUUAUUGAAUUCGCCCAAAACUAUUAUCGUUCGCCAAAGAAAUGUGAAUUUCGCGUUUUGAACAUCUGCACCGAACAGCCACUGCCACACGAUCUUUUGGGGCAAUUCGAUCAUGUCACAUCGUUUAAUUGCCUACAUUGGCUAAAGAAUCAAGAACAAGCUUUGCGUAACAUUUACGAUCUGAUAAGGCCCGAGGGUGGUGACUGCUUGCUAUCGUUUGCCCCCUAUGUACCCAUUAUGGAUAUUUAUGAAUCGUUAAGAGAUUCAGCCACCUGGGCACCUUAUCUGGGACACACCGAUUAUUUCAAUGGUCCUCUACAGCGAAUUGAGGAAUUUGCUUUGGUGAAAUUACUACAGGAUAUUGGUUUCUAUAAUGUUCAUGUGCAGUUUAACUAUGACGUGUACAACUAUGAUAGUCCUCAGGAGUUUUCAGAUCAAAUGGCUGCCAGUAGCUUAUUUUUGAAACAUGUCCCCGCCUCAAUGCACGAGAAGCUAAUGGUUGACUUCCUGGAAGUGGCCCGAAGACUGGGCUGCCGGGCAUCCAGUGCCUGUGGUACCAAAUGUAAAUUUUCUCUAAAUUUCACCAAUGCCGUGGUCUAUGCCAAAAAACUUCCCCAGCGUAGAUAGUUUGGACUCACAGUAACAUGGCACUGAUAAGUGAAAUCAGUAGUGACACUGAUGCAAGAGAUUAACUAAAGCAACAACAGAAAUUUUAUUAAAGAUAAGUUAGUUAAGGGAACGGAAUAGUGGAGAAUAUUCGCAGAGGCAUUUGACGAGAAAGAGAGAGUGAAAAACAUUUCUCUCAAACAUUCAAAAAAAAUUAUUAAUAACUAGUCUCCCGUAACCCUCCAUAUGAUAAGCGAAUUUGUUAAAAAAAAAUCAAACAUAGAAUUAUUUUCAAUUGCAUUUUUUAUUUUCCUAACUUAGAUUUUAGAUAAGAUACAGCAAAGAAAUUGUUUGCAAAAAGAAAUCAAUAUUUAUCUAUUAUUAUUAAGAAUUGCAAUAUUAAGCUUUAACUAAUCUUAUAUUACUUGUAUGCCAUAUAUACUUAACAUAAUUCUAAUAAUAAUAGUGUAUGUAUUUAGGUUUAAAUUUUUGUUAUAUGGAAAUUUUGAUACCCAACGUGCAAUAAAAAUGUGAGGAACUGAAAUAUAAA